UACAUCUCCAGGAUACUAACAACAAAAAGAGAGAGUGCCAGCACGCAUGCACACGCAGGCAGAGAAAGCAGCUGGCUGUCAGUAACAAGGAUAAGAGAAACAGAGGAGGGAGAUAUGCGUGGAGAAUCAAAAAUGCAAUGGGAGCUGACAUGAAAGGGCAGUGACAGAAAAAUACAAAGGACAGAGAAAACAGAAAGUUCUUCAACACCACUGGAGAAAAGCUCUUCUCAAACAGAAUCACAGAGGAAGAUUGAUUUGUUCAACUUACAGUUGUAUACAGAGUUCAACGCUAUCAUCUUUAAAAGAUUUAAAGAGAGCUUUGAAUCUGAAGAGUUUUUGUCCAAGAAAUUGGGGAGACUUGUGGAAAGAAAAGAAAAAUGUUUUUGUAAAGGAACAUUGAGUGCUGCAAGCUGUGGACUGAAAACAACAGAAUGUCCUUCAAAGAAUUUCAGAAGGAGCUCAGUGCUGUUGGUUACAAAUUAUGGCUUAAGCUCCAGAGACUACCCAAAGCUGACCCACUGGAGAUUGUCUGUUUUUUUAUUAUUAUCUUAUUCAUUGCUACGAUGCUUUCAAUGAUGAUUAUAGCUUGCAGCUUUUGCUGCGGCUGCUUCUACAAUGGAAAACCAAAAGAGAAGGCCAAAAGGAUUGAGGUUCAGCCUGCAGAUGAUUUAUAAAACUGAAUUUAAAAAAGAAUACAGAAGUUGGGGAAAGACUUGGAAUGACUACAACAUGGCAUACUAAUCCAUGGAACAUAAUGGUAAAUGAGGAGAUAAAGUAAGAGACAGAGAGAAAGAGAGAAGGAAAAAGGGAUCGAACCUGAACAUAGGACUCUAUUUUAUGGCAUUUGACAUGUUGACAAUGCACCGUUUGCAAUAGUUUUCUCUCCUCCACCUAUCAAGACAAUAUAAUUUUAAAAAUUCCAAGUGUAAAAUCUGGAUAAACAUGCAGAAGAAAGUUGCACCAGAUUUCAUGUCAACAUUACAGCUGAGGAAGCCCCAGACAGAUCAAGAUAUAUGCAAGCAUUCAGCAGAAUGAAGUCUAACAUAAGCAUGGUUUCUCCUCUGAUCAACCAUUUAAAGCUAAGUUAACCAGAGACACGAUAGCUAAGCAAGUCACGCAUUUGGAAAAUGAUGCAGGCUUGUAGAUGACAAACAAAUUCAGAGACAACAAAGAAAAUCAGCAACAAAUUCUCUUGUCUUCCUUCCCUCCUUAAUAAAAGAAUAAAUAACUGUCAGAGCACAUAUGCUGUUCUGACUGUAUACCCAAGGAAAGCUGAAGGGAUACGAUAAUGCUCACAAUGGUGUAUUGUUUCUUGUCUUUAAAAAAUUACUGUCUUUUUUAAUGUUUUGGUGUCUUCUGUUUAAACUUUGUAUAUGACAAAUCCUUAACUCAAAGGAAAGGGAACAAAAGAAUCAUUUGACUUUAUGUUGGGUUUAAGAAUAUGUCCUCUACAAAUACUCUUACGAAUAAUUUAUAGUUGUGGUGGGUUCAUGUUAUAUUUAAGGCAAUUUUAAAAAGGCAACUCUUGGAUUAUACUCAAGGAGGAGGCAUGGUAACAGGAACUCUUCCUAUCAUUCAGUGAGGUUUACAGUUUAAUGCCUUGCUCCCUUUAUUGGGAGUCUGUGUUUUAAAGUGAAUUUAUACACAGAGAGAUCAGACAAAAGUACAGCGAAAGCAGGUUUCAUUCAAGAAAUGAGUGCCACAGCUGGACAACAGUAUUAUGUUAAAUGAUACAGCAAAAACAUAACUAAGAAUGAACUACCCAGCUACAGCUUACAGCAGAAUAUAAAUCCCUUUCCAAAGAGACACUUUUUGCUUCAACUGAUUUCAAAGAGGGCUACAUGUGCACAAAAGAGAAACAAUGGCACUUGACCUGUUUAAGUGGAAAUAGAAAAGUUGGUGGUAGAUAACAGUAUAUCUGCAGUUCUUUAGAGGUGUUGGACUAUAUCUGUCAUCACCCACAGUUAGACUGCUAAGACUCCUAUUGUGGUAAUAGUAUCUCAUUUACCCCAAAACGAUUUGACUCAGAAUUUAACGUGAAAUAGGGCUACCUAUUACCACAGUACAAUCUCAUAGCUACCUAGUAAUAUCCCGUGAAUCCACAUUUCUGAAUUAUAUAGAUUAAUAAACCCUUAUUCUGGUUCACUUUAAAUAUGCUAAAUAUAUGCUGUACCUCAAUUAAAACUCUGCACCUUUUCCACUCAAGGUUAGAACAAUGUACCAGUUAUAUAUUGUGUUGCAAAUAUUUAAUUUUUCCAAAUUUCUGCAGUUGCAAAACCAGAUUUAUCAAACAUCUAACCGAGUUGUCAUGCAGUGUCGCUGCAUUAAGGUACAACGGAAGUUGUUUUUCUUAGUGGAGGGAUGACAAACUUAUGGUCCAGACAUUUAGAACUAUAAUUGGGAAGAACCUCAGUCAACAUAAGUAAAGAGGAGAGAUGCAGGGUGCUGCAUUUCAGAAACAUCUGCCAGCAAGUUCUAUUUCUAUAUGCUAUGAAGAGUGAUGAAAAGCCUCCAGUAUAUUUAUUUUGGGUGUGCACUGUUGCAGAAGUCACUCCCUUGUGCAAAUGACAGGAAUAAGAAAACAGCGUCAGCAACCACAGAGACACAGAGAUUAACUUGAUUUCAAACAUGGCUGCUUUUUUAUAAUUGCACAGCUGCCAGACUGUGGAGAGAACAAGGCAGCCACGCAAAAUGAUCCCAUAGCCAAAUCAUUGCCCAGCAUUUCCAACAAUACAAUGAUAGU